ACACACAUGUGACGUACGGCACAUCGUGUGUUGUGACAGAGGAGGUGAGGUGAAAGAAGGUGAAUGAAUUUUGGAAUGGGAAAAGCAGACAGAAUGUCUGCUAUAUUUAUAAAGAAAUGGUAUAUUUUAAUGUUAGUGAUCACUGUAAUUGUUAUCUAUUUAAUAAUGUUAUGGAGUUAUCAAGCCAAACCUGUCCUUCUUGCGCCAAAUAGAAACAGAUUCUUGCCCAUUAAGGAUCUUGUCAGCGGAUACAACCAGGAUUGGCUAGUGGAGACAUGUACCAAAAAUAAAAUGGAUCUAUCUAUAAAAAAUUUAGCAGGUUUUGUCGAAAAAUGGGAAUUAUCUUCAGAUCCUCUUUGCAGUCAACUUUAUAAAAAGUUUUCAGCAAUUUAUUCCAUUGAGAAAAAUGCUGCACCAUUGAAAUUACCAGAUCUGUUUCAAGUCAAAGUUAAAAAAUGGUUGAAUAAUGAUGAGAAAUUAUUUGAAGAAGUUUACCAUCAGGAAGUUACAGGAAUUUAUAACAAGUGGACGAGAGAACAUACAAUAUUUAAUCCACUACGUGAAAAACGACCUGUCUCUAUUCCAGAGGAACCUGAAAAUAUAUAUGUAAACAGAUUGGUAGAAAAAAGUAAAGUUUCGUGUGAUUUUUGUAGAUAUAAAGACUAUACAGCAGAAGAUACAUUUGGAAGAUUAGAUUCAGUACAUGCUUUUUCAGCAUCUAAUGCGUUUAAAUUAGAACGAUAUCAUGAUCUGUUUGCCCUGAAAUCUCAUCAUCCACAUCAAUGGAAUAUAGAUCAGUAUAUGGAUUUGAUGAAUCUCACCCAAAAAUGGUUUGCAUUAAUCCACACCAUUGAACCAGACUUUUGCUGUCCGUCAUUAGUAUGGGAUAUAUUACCAAGAGCAGGGGCCAGUCAAAUUCAUCCACAUAUGCAUGGUUUGGUUGGACAAAACCGAUAUCAUGGUGGUGUCGAGAACUGGAGACGUGGUGCAGAUGAUUAUUACAGUUUUUAUCAUUCCAAUUAUUUCUCUGAUUUAAUUCAGGUGAAUACAGCUUUAGGUUUAACAGUUCAACAUGGUGAUGCUAUAGCUUUCGCUAAUAUAGUUCCUAAAAAAGAUAAUGAAGUUGUCAUAAUAUCAAAUAAAGCUAGUCAAUCAUUCUUUCAAUUAAUUUAUUAUGUUAUGAGAGCUUUUAUAGAUGAUAUGGAUAAAUUAGCUAUAUCAAUGGGUAUUGGAUGCCCUUCAUUAGAUCAUAAUGCUAAACAAAUGCCAGCUGUUGCUAGAAUAGUAACACGUGGUGCUGUAGCCGAUGUCAGAACUGAUAUGAGUUCUCUAGAAUUAUUUAGUGUAACUAAUGUAAAUAUAGAUCCAUUUAAAGUCAUUAAACAUAUACGGAAUUCGGUAGAGAAGAGGGCAUCAAAGUAGGCUAGAUAUUUAACGUUAGUAAUGGUGAUAUAUCUCUGUUUUUAUUGAAAUGUUAUUUUUUUAUGACAGUUGGUAUUUUUAAAAGGAAAAUAUUGCUCUCCACCAAUAUUACAUAUGUUACUCCGGUUUCCUCCCACUGCUAAAGACCCCUACGUGCAAGCGAAUUAUUGAAAUAAAAUUAAACCAUAUGUUAGUCCCAAAAUGACCUAGUUUGUGUCAAGUGGACGUUAAACCCCAUUUCUCUCUCUAUAUAUAUAUAUGUUACAGAAUAGAUUAAGAUACAUUCUGUAAGAUUUAGAUAAAAGAAAUGACAGUUCUCGCUA